AACCUUAAAAGUUAACACACGUUCUGAAUAAAGGCCUUGUCGCUUGAUUUCCGAGAAAAUCAUUGAAAGUUUCAGGAAUUUUGUCUUUUUCUAACAGGGAAUAAAGAAGUUGGCGCAAAAGAAUAAAGAAGUGACUUUUAGGGAUUGGUCUGUGGUACCACUGAUCACUGAUGAUAAGAUUAGCAAGCAGCCGACGUUAUCAGGCAAACUUAGAAACGUGAACAAAAAUUGAUCUCGGUUUACUAAAUUUUCACUUGUGGGGUACUUUUUCAGUUGAAAGUAAUGAAAUUGUGUAUUUUACAUUGGCGCAUUUUUAAGUGACGUAGCUGUCAUGAGUCUAAAUUCCAGGUGUUGGAUGUUAACCCUCAUAACGUAUGGUAAACACUUGGCUUGGUUAUGUUACCCCUUUAGUUAAAAAUUAGUUAAAACGGUGAUUCUGCUGCAAUUUGCGAUGGCUGUCGCAAUGAAGAGAAAUCGUUCCAGACGAAGAAUUGCCGCCUUAAGUUUCUUGUCGAACAUAUCAUUAGAUGGCACCCAUAGUGACACCAACUUUAGCUUUUUCUCAAGAAACUCAACAUCAGCCAGCAACACCUUCAAAGCACUUGAUCCCCAAGAAAAUGAUGAAUGCAUUCCUAAAGUAGAGCUUCAACCUAAGGAAACCCCCAUACGAGAUACCAAAACUCUCUUUGUUAAACGUUCUCCCAUCUUGGCAAGGAGUCCGACUCGACUGAAUAGUCAAGUUACUGAUCUCAAUCACACCCCGUUCAAACAAGCUGAUCAGGAUGUAUUUUCUAAAGUGACAUCCACUCCAUUUCGAGAAAGAACAAGUACAACUGGAAGUGAGUCUGGCUUUGAAAGGCGCCUAGGCUCAAUGAGCCACAGGAAGCGCUUGGUAUACCAUCAAGGUUCUCUUACUGAUGAGAAGCACCAUCACAACUACAGCAGUAGUGAGAGUAUAUCGGGUAUAUCUGGUUCACAUCGUAUCAAAACUCAAACACUUCAAGAUGCAUUUCAAGUACGAGAAGUUCGUAUGAUUCAACCUCGCAGAGGUCAGCAUUUUAGAGAUGACAGAAUUGUUCUAGUUUCGGCACACAAAGUACCAUUUCUCGUUUUUUCAUCAAUUCCAUACAAUAAAGGAGGAAGGCAAUUCAGAAAUGAUAUGCGAAAAGAAGGGCAAAGAAGACGUAACACAUCAGGACCACGACCUCUGUCAUCAAUCAAUGAUGGCCUGGAUCCUUUUGAUCUUCUGGGCCUUGAAAGGGGACAAGAUGGCCAAGAAAUAUCUUACGGCCAACUUCUUGUUCCGUCAAGAAACUUCUCUCGUGAUCGGAAGGUACAUUUGCCAGAGUAUGAGGCAGUGGAGUCAUUUCCAUCUGGUUCAAGAAACCAUUCUUUUGCAAGGACUAAGGAAUUCCUAGGUCUGAAGGAUGGAAAAUGGUGCUUCUCUUAUGACAGCUCAACUCAUCGCUCUAAUGUACACAGCGUUCCCGGAUCACCUCCUGUUUCUUACAAUGACAUUAAAGGAAAUUUUGAUUGGGAAGAAAGCUCUGGACACUUGCAGCACUUGUCUCAUCCUGUAAACCCAUCUUCAGUUCAUUAUUCAGCAAAUCUCCUUGAUGAUCCUGAGCUUAUUGCUGGAAAGCAUCGUACACUUCUAACUUUUGCCUCCUACAUGACAUCAGUCAUUGAUUAUGUACGGCCAUCUGAUCUUAAAAAAGAGUUAAAUGAUAAGUUUCGUGCUAAAUUCCCUCACAUACAACUUACAUUAAGUAAAUUACGCAGUAUCAAGCGAGAAAUGAGGAAAAUUGCCAAGACAGAAUGUGGAAUGGAUUUGCUGACUGUUGCUCAAGCAUACGUUUAUUUUGAAAAGUUAAUAUUGGCUAAUCUGAUCAACAAGGAAAACCGUAAGCUGUGUGCUGGAGCCUGUUUACUUUUAUCUGCAAAAUUAAAUGAUGUUAAGGGUGAUGUGCUAAAAUUGCUAAUAGAGAAAACAGAAAGCGUUUUUCGUCUUAAUAGGAAAGAACUUAUUUUAUCUGAGUUUGCUGUUCUUGUUGCCUUAGAAUUCAGUUUGCAUAUACCUACUUGGGAAGUUUUCCCACACUAUCAGCGACUUAUAUACGAAUCUUAAAUUUUGCUGACUGUGAUCUCAAAAGAUUAAUGCAGUUAUAAUAAAGCGGCAUGAUAAGACAUUUUUAUUAAAUGUAAAAGAAUUUUUGUUGUUUUGUUUUUACAAAGUUUGAUGCUAAACACUAGAAAUUAACAAGAAUAUGUUAAGGUGCUGCUGGUUUGCAUUUAGGUACCUCUUUUAUGGUGCUUUUAAGUAAAUGUUCAAAAUUUCUAGUCAAGAAGUAUUGUACAAUUUUUGUUUUCAUUGCCUAAUUUGUAGUUUUUUGAAUGUGAAUUUGACUUCUGAAUUUGGCCAAAAUAUGAUUAAGUAGGGAAAUUUAUUUGUUCACGUACUUAGUAACAUAAAAUUAUUAUUCGGAUUCAGGGCUCUUUAUUUCAGCAUGUGUAGGUCUGGUACCUCUUUGUUGAAGACUUUUUUUAAAUAUUAUUAUUAUCAUUUAUGGGAAGUAUAAGAUUGACUGUAUUCAGCAAUUUUAUUUUUCUGGAGUACUGUAAUGUGUAUUUUAGAACCUUGUAUUAGUUUUCAAAAGAAAGAUUUAAAUUACAUCUACCAAUCUUUCUCAUGUGACUUUGAACAAUUUAAUUAUCAGUGUUUAGGUGUUACCUACGACUGAAAGUUGUCCUUUUCUUAAAGUUUACUUAAAAUCAUGUACUUGUACAUGUUUGCGUCUGUUCAGAAAUGCAAACAUUAUGUUUUAAAUGCAGAGAUAUCUGAAUCCUUGCACUUGGCCUGUACUUCUACUGUUUUCAAAGGUUUUCUUAGUUGUUUUUUUAAAUUUGUGAUUACCACAUCAGAGAUACUAUUUAGAUAGGAAAAGAGAACAUAGUACAAAUACACUUUGUAAUGCUGAA